GAACCAUAACAAUUAAACGUGAUGAUAAAAGAGUUUCUUUUUCCUUCCCCCAGCCUUUAGUUGACCUAACUUACGUUGAUUAAACUGAAAGCGUAAAAGUCUUUAUGGCCAACCAUCCCCUCCUAAUUAAUGCUGGGUUUACACUGCCCGCAAGGCCAGGUAAUGAGAUUUCAGAGUUAGAGAAACGGGGACGUGGCCGCUACCGGUCUACACGAGCUACUUACCACAACAAAGGCGUGAAACUUUGCUUGUUCAUAUGGUAUAGACUCCUUCACUCGUAGCUACCGUGUUUGAACUUUGAAAUCUUAACCCUUCAGCCCGCACAACCAACCAGAAGUCAGAAACUUCCUCCCUUCCCCUCGUUAUCCACUUGAUGAAGAGUCAAGUAGUUGUUUUAAUAGCAGCAGUCAAAAUAGUCUCCACAAGACGCCACACCAAAAUAUAUAGUCAUCCCUGAUCUCUCCAAUCCUUCCAAUCUCCAAACUACUCAAAAGAUGAUGGAAAAACCAGUCGAGCAGCUGAAGAAAGAAAGCCAAACCAAGUUUGCCAAGAACGAAUCUGCAGAGACUCCUACACUCGUGUUAGUCCAGCAGAAAGAAUACCAAUCCGAGGUAAAUGGCAAAAACGAACCACAGGCCACCGCGAGGCCCCUGGAAAACCAAGCUAAGAUUUCUAAAUCGGCAGAACAACCAGCUGAUGCGGCCGCCGAUCCACUUCUUUGGGACUGUGGAAGCUCCCUGUACGACUCUUUCGAGCUCAAGUCGUUUGAACGCCAACUUGACUCGGCCAUCCAUUCAAGAACUCUGUCAAUGCCCCACUUAUCUGAUCGUCGUGUGAUUGAUGGUGGUAAUCACCACCAGCCGCCAUCUCAGCCGCCUCAGCCCAUGUCUAAGAAGUCCUCCAAAAUUUCGCGUUCGUUUCACAAGUUUCUUCGAUCUGUAUUCAAGCCCAAGGCACAAAAUGGUAACAAGAAUCCUUUCUUUCCCGCUAAUGAGCAGCAGGCCACGCGGGAUGGAUUUUACGUGGUCUACGACAUUGACAAG